UCUCCUAUAUUCACUUUCCUGUCUUAAACCUUCUUCUUCUUCUGUAUAUGCGAAACACAAAUAUAUUUGAAUACAUCUUAUCUUCUGGGAUUCAAUGCAUCCUACUACUCAUCUCAAGCUGCAUACUUGGCUAAUUCAAACCAAUAUGCACAAUCAGCCUUUUAGAAUAGUUGGUUGUUGUUCUAAAUCAAGAGUACAUACCGUUUUACUUUUCUGAAAGAAAUUAUAAGAAAAGUAAAAUUUAGCUACUAUGUGGGGUUUAAUCUUUGAUGGUCAUGCGUCGCCGUUGUAGAUCCGUGCCUCCAUGGGUCAGGUCAUCUUUCGUUCGACUGUGCGUUGUCAUGGCUGCAUUCAUUCUCGGCGAGGACGAUGGUCGUGGGUUCGCGUGGGUCUAUUCUAUUCUCAAAAGAUAUAGGGAUCGUGGUGGUGGUGGUGGUGGGAUGCUUGGAUUGUUGGGUCUUUUUCACGUCUGUUGUGUUUUGUUUUUUUUGGGUCUUUUUGGUUUUGGUGUCUAAUGAUCAUAUGCCCUAAGGACAGGGGAUUGAAGAAUCCAAGCAAAGGCGAGGGAGAGAACAAUGAGGUGAAGAGAGGUUUGCAGCUCAGAAAUAUGGUAAAGCCAACCAAGAAAUUGCAAAUACAGGACUGGCUGUUGCUAAGGCUGGGGAGAGUGGAAAAGCAACUUCAGGUUCGGGAAACUAAGCAAGCUUGAGAUGAAUUCCUUUCUUUGAAGCAGUGAGCUCGGUCAUGGCUUUGGAUUGCAGUGGCUAGGUUGCAGCUUGGAAUGACUUGGUAGAUUUUUGUUUGAGGUAUAUUAUCGGUUUUUUUUGUUUGAAUAUGUUUUGGAGAUUUAAUAUACGAUGUUAUUUUGUGAUUAAAUUAUGUUGUUGAGUAUGUUUUCAAUCUGUUCAGUGCUUGUAUUUUGUUUCUGAUUAUUUUUCAUAUCUGUUAUUUGAUCAGAUUGAACGAUUACAUUUUUGUUUUGUCCAUGUGUUUGAUCUGAUGUAGCAUUUAGUUCUAGUGAUCUUGUCUAAUAUGUGUAUUUAUUUUUUGUAAACUAAGAUUGAUUUUUAUGAUUCUAUUUUGUGAUUAAUUUUGUUUUUGUUUUUGAUCUCUUGAUUUUUUAUCGAUCUUUGUUUAUAAUAGUAUCCAACAAAUUGAGGAGACUGAUCUUUGUUUAUAUUAUUGAACUCGUCAAGACAGUUGUGAGUUUCUUUCUACUCAUCUUUGAUUAAGUCUUAGUGCAUUUGGAAAGUAUAGUAUAAAGGCUAUUAAGACUUCUUUUCUUGUCAACUCUUGCUAUCUACUUUGUCAUAGGAAGAUCUGAGAAUGGUUUGGCAUAGGGGGAUUUAUAUGUUACUAUGAUUUUUGUGUGUACAUGUUAUAUUAAGUAUUAAUGUGUUACUUUUCAGAGGCAAGUAUAAGUUUUAAAAGUUUUUGUUUUUCUUCUUUAAUGGCUGCAUGUUUUUUUUAAUAAAAUUAUGUUAGAUUUUAACAAACUCCAGAUCUAAGAAUUUUAUUUAUGCAUUGUUAGCAUUAUUUGUUUGAGUAUUAUUUAAUCUUGAUAGUUGUGAGUGCUUUGCUUGAUAUCUGAAUUGAACACAAUACACACAUAGCAAAGGAACAAGAAAAGUAAUGACAGAAAGAGAGUAAACAGAAACAAAAUUACACCAAUAUACUUGGUUAUUGGUUCAGAGAUUCCAAUUAGGAACUCCUACGUCCAAGGCAGGGAACUUAUCUUCCCUAGUCGAAUCCACUAUGAAGAAGAGAGAUUUACAGCACUAGAAUUCACCAGCUACAGAUCUUUACAAGACAUUCACCAGGCCAAAACCCCAAAGCUCACAGUCACUCUUGUUUUCUUUCUCCACAAGAACAGAGUAGACAAAACAGAACCUUUUAGCACACUAAACUCUCUUAUUCUUUUUCACCUCUCUCCUAAACUAAUUUAUGCCUUUCAUAUAUACAAGGCUUACAAACAAAGACCUAUAUAUAACCUAACUAACAGAUCUUGACUUAACAGAAUAAAACAACUACUUGGUCUGCAGCCCAAGAAAACGGUUUUAACUAACAGCCAAGAAAUGCAAGUCACACAUUAACAAAUCUUAUUAAUCUUGAUAGUUAAUCUAAUCAAUCUUAAAAUUUUAUUAAUGCUUGUAGUUUUUAUUUUUCUAUUUACUAUUUGAUUGUGUUACUAUUGUAAACUCACUAAAUUGAUUGCUACUUAUUCAAUUCCUUUUAUUUGUGAUUAAUUUUUUGUUUGAGUAUUGUUGAAAUAUUUUUAUAAUUUAGUUAUGUUUUUUUCCUCUAAUGUAAGCAUUUUUGGGGAUUCAUGUUUGUGAAAUCUUUGGUAUAGGAAGAUCUGAGAAUGGUUUGUCAUAGGGGGAUUUAUAUGUUACUAUAUUUUUUGUGUACAUGUUAUAUUAAGUUUUAAUGUAUUACUUUUCCGAGGCAAGUAUAGGUUUUCAAAGUUUUUGAUUUUCAUUUUUAAUGGCUACAUGGUUUUUUCAAUAAAAUUAUGUUAGAUUUUAACAAUCUAAGUAUUAAUGUGUUAGCUCUAGAUCUAAAUAUUUUAUUUUUGCAUUGUUAGCAUUAUUUGUUUGAGUAUUAUUUAAUCUUGGUAGUUAAUCUAAUCAAUCCUAAAUUCUUAUUAAUGCUUGUAGGUUUUAUUUGUCUAUUUACUAUUUGUUUGUGUUACUAUUUUAUACUCACCAAAUUCAUAAACUAAAAACAUUUAAAAUAUUUUUACUCACAUUACAUAAUAUAGUAAUUCAUAAGUGGAUUUGUAUAAGUUUCUACCUUGUGUUUUGUUGAACUUUAUUCUAUAUGAAUUGAGUACAUUGAUUUGUGAAUAACUACCUGAUUAAAGAAAAAAAUCAAAUUUCUAUAAGAUGAAUAUGGUAAUUUAUAAUUGAAUUUGUAUAAGAUGGCACUUUGAAUCUGUAAUUCAAUGCCUUAUUUGAGAUAAAAAAUUAGUUUGAAUAAGAUGAAUAAAGUAAUUCAUAACUGAAUUGACCACCUAAUUUAAGAAAAAAAUAGUUAGUAAAUAAUGUAUGAUUAUAAAGAAUUGGAGACUUAAUUAUUUGAGUGUCUAUAAGAUGAAGAGUAAUUCAUAACUGAAUUUGUAUAAGAUGCUACUUUUGUGUUUUUGUUGAAUUUUAUCUUGUAUGAACUUAAUGCACUGAUUUGUGAAGAAGUGUCUUAUUUUAGAAAAAAAAAACUAAAUUUCUAUAUAAGAUGAAUAUGGUAAUUUAUAAUUGAAUUUGUAUAAGAUGUUACUUUGAAUUUGUGACUCAUUACUACCUUUACUGCUUGUUUUAGAUAAAAAAUUAUUUUGAAUAAGAUGAAUAAAGUAAUUCAUAAGUGAAUACAUCAAUUUGUUUAAAAUUUUUGAAUUUGCAUUAUUGUCGAUUUACCUUGUGACUUUGCAUAGAUUGACUACUUGAUUUGUGAAAAAAAUAAUUAGCAAGACAUAAUUAUUUGAGAAAAAAUUGAAUAGUAAAUCAAUGAUUUAAGAUUAUAAAAUCGUAAACCAACUAUGUAUGAUUGCAAAGAAUUUGAGAAAUUAAUUUUGUGUGAAAAAAAUGAUUUACCAUCUUUUCCUUAAACUCUAGCUAACAAUGUACUCUCAUUCUGUUUGGAAAGAAAAAAGUUCUACAUUCAUAGGAUAAAGAGUACGGUUAACAGAGAUAUUGUGAUAUUAUUUUUAACAAAACAAGAGUACGGUCAAAAAAAUAAAUAAAUAAAUAAAUGAAGCCCCAAGAAACAUGACAGUAUUUAAGUGAGAAAUAUUUUUACUAUUUUCAAUAAAAAAUAGUAUAACUUUUAUAUAGGAGUACGGUUAACUUUGAGAUAAUAUUUUUUAAAAAAAUUAAACUUAUAUUUUUUUUUGAAAAGAUCUCACCAAAACGUGAGUACAGUUAAAAAAAAAAAUUAAAAAAAUCAGGCCCUAGAAAACAUGUCAGUAUUUAAGUGACUAAUUUUUUUACUAUUUUAAAUAAAAGCCUUUGAAAAUUCAAAUAAAAGUAUUAACUUAGAUUUUUUCUAAUGACAGGCUUCAACCAAAAAAGUUUGCAUUCAUGGGCAUUUUUUUACGUUAUCCAAAACCAACAGUGUUAAAAUAAGUGUAUCAUGCUAUCCAAAAAAAUAGCGUGAGUUUCUUUAAAAUUAUUAAAAUAAAUAAAUUUGUUAAAAUAAAUUUUAAUUUUUCGUUAUUUUAAUUUUUUUAAUCAAUUAAAAUAAAUCUGUUAAAGAUAGUGUGAGAUUCUUAAAAACUAUUAACUGAAUUUUAUAACAAUAUGGUUAAAUGAAGAAUUUCUUUUAUAUAAACAAUUAUUGUAUAGAAGAGUUAUAGUCAUAAUAUUUGAAAAUAACACAGAAUCUGGUUAAAUAUCUCACUCUUCUACCACACUACCAAGACUAAAGUUAUCACAUUGCAUGUGAACAAUUUAUCAACGAUUGAGGACUUCUAAUGAUCAGGAAGAAUGAUGAUGAAGUAGAAUGGUUAGAGAUGGAGACAAUGUCGCUAAUAUUGUCGAUUAUUAAUGAUGAUAUUCUUUUGGAAAUAUUACUUCGACUUCCUGAUUUUAGAUGUAUAGUGGAGUGUGCUUAUGUCUGCAAGCGCUGGUUCUCGUUCAUUUUUGGUUCGAAAGCCUAUUUCAGCCAUAGAUUCAAUCACUAUCACCGUCAAAAAAGACUAAUUAAUAAUAAUUCACCAACUUCGUCACCAUCUCUUCCAUUUACCCUACUAUUUACAGGCCUUUCUGUGAGAACUUCCCCAUUCCCAUUCGAGUUUUUCUCAGAGAGGUCAAAAACUCUAGACUAUGGACGAAAACCAGCACUAGGGUUUUUGCCUUGGACGAGGAACGACAAUGAAUAUGCAUUUUUAUGGUCCUCGUUUGAGGAUUUGUUGUUGAUCCAACUAUCUUUUAAACGUUUGUAUGUUUGUAAUCCUUUUUUAAGACAAUAUGUUGCACUUCCCGAGCCUAAUCCAAAUAAUACAUUAUUCCAUCCACGUUGUAGAUAUGCAUUAGUAGUAUUAGGUAGAGGUAGUGAUGCUAAUAUGAUCAAAUAUAAGGUGGUCAAAAUAAGUACAGAGGUGAAUAAUUUAAAUAGUGCACCACCACCAUUCCAUCUUCAUUUAAGCAUUUUUUCGUCUGAGACUGGGCAAUGGAGCUCUUCAACUUUCGAAUUUCCAGUGUUCUUGCAUAUAUGGUCUCACCGAAGUGUCGUUGUUGGAAGUAAUGGAAUUGUGUACUGGCCAUAUGGUGUCGAUGCAAUUGAAGGUGUUGUUGCAUUGAAUCUUUGUUCAAAACAAUGUCGUUUGAUUGAUUUACCUCGAGAAUUAGGUUGCGAAUGGUAUCGUUCAGAGUACAGGGUGCGUGCUGGAGUGGUUCGAGGAAGGUUACAGCUUGUGCAGUUGUUUUGGAGCGAGGAUAAGCAAUUCUAUGUUUUUAAGGCAUGGGAACUGGAUGAUGAUGAUGAUGGUAAUAAGGUGUACUGGAAUUUGGUGCACCACCAUGAUCAGAUGUCGAUGAACUUUCAAACUUGUAUGAGCUCACAACAACUUACCAUACUCGCUCCCCAUCCGGAUGAUAGAGACAUGUUUUUUUUUUCACGCUCCAUCAAUAUCAACUGCGAAAAUAAAGAGAUUUUCUUAUGUCGAAUACUUGGCCAAAAUCGCAAUCACAUAGAAAGCCUUUGUCAUCUUCCACCUGGAUCGCCUUUAAGGCUGCGUGUUGUUCCUCUUCUGCAUCCGUGGUGGCCUACUCAAAUUCCUCAACUACGCAUUUAAUAUUAUAUUAGAAUCAUUAUUAGUUUAAUUUAUUAUUAGAACAAUAUCAUUCUUUUUCUUUCCUCAA